AUGUCGCGGGCAGGCCAGGAGGGUACUGCUUUACGAGCACAUUGGGAUAGAGUUAUAGAGGACUCCAUGACGGUGGCAUUAGCUGCUGAAGGCACGGCUAACAUCGCUGAGUUUUGUGCGACUGUGGACACGAGACGUAUAGCUGCUGCACGGGCCCCUAAGGCUUUAGAUUCGUAA